ACAGCGGGUAUGCUAGGAAGCUAAAGUUAUCGUGCAUGCUGUUCGGAACGGGCAUCCAAAAAACAUCGCAGUACAACGCCCGUAUCCCACCAGCAACAUCUCUGGCAACAACCAUCUCAUUUCCUACAGCCUAUCGAGCCCUAUCUCAAUUAUACUUCUAGACCAAGCUUCGCCGCUCUCGCCAGAUCACAGCCGGAUCAAUGGCGACCACCCACCCACCUGCUCUCCUUAGCACGAGCAGGAUAAUCACAUUGCUGGGUUCUGUCUUGGUCGCGUUGAGCUCUGGUACGAACUAUGUAUCUUCAGCAUAUGCUCCUCAACUUGGCGCUCGUUUACAUUUAUCCCACACACAGCUUAAUGUUAUUGGUCUAGCUGGGAAUAUGGGUGUAUAUAGCAGCGGACCUAUUUGGGGCAGAAUCGUUGAUGGAAGAGGGCCACGUAUACCUCUCAUCGGAGCCUUUGGCUUUCUUUUGAUGGGAUACAUCGGAAUAAAAAGAGUAUUCGAUGUUGGAGUGCCCUCCAAUGACAUCUCGAUAUCUAUUUUCAGUAUCAUUAUACUGGUCGUCUGUGGCUUCAUGACGGGACUUGGGGGGAAUGCUGGGUUGGCUAGUGCUAUCAAUACGACAGCAAAGAGUUUUCCGGAUAAAGCUCGUGCGUCGACAACAGGAUUAGUGCUUUCAGGAUUUGGCCUCUCCGCCUUUUAUUUCUCCACCAUCGCCAAUACUGCGUUUCCUGGUGACACAUCUUCAUUCCUGUUGGUUCUCGCUUUUGGAACGGCAUUACCUAUGGUAAUAGGUUUUUUCAUCGUGCGGCCUAUACCCCUUCCUUCAUCCGAGAAAGUUUCAAGUCUGGAGGAUGGGACAAAUGAACAUGGUUACCGUCCAGUGCCUAAUGUGGAGUCUUCCCCGGUCUUCUCAGGGAAUAACGAUAGCCAGACUCGUCUCCUGACGCAGGCACAUAAUGUCGAGGACAACUCCUUACUGCCUCGACAUGAGUAUGAUGAAUCUGUCGCUUCCGGAUAUCUUGCGCCUCAGACAUCUGAUGCGGUGGAGAUGAGCGGUAACAGCUCAGUAAGCGCUCGGCGCCGUGAUUCUCGUGGUUCAGCCCACAGAUCUAUCCGAGACUUGGUUUCGGGCGAUAGUUUUCCGAAUAUUUACGGCAAACAGCUGUGGAUGACAGCGGAUUUCUGGCUUAUCUUCACUAUCAUGUCGUUGCUGAGCGGGACGGGCAUUAUGUAUAUCAACAACGUUGGGUCGAUUUCUCAAGCUCUUUAUGCAGAAGGUAGCCCGUCAUACGACGAGGUGGAAGCAUCCCGUUGGCAAGCAGCUCAGGUUUCGACGAUCAGUAUCGGUAACUUCCUUGGACGCGUUUUGAUAGGUCUUAUAUCUGACUUCACCAAGGGUCGGCUCGGUCUUCCACGAAGCUACUGUCUUUUCAUAGUAUCAACGCUCUUCGUCAUUUCCCAGAUAGCCGCCAUAAACGUCUUCGACGUUGCCCACCUUUGGAGAGCGAGUGCUUUGCUUGGGGUUGCGUAUGGAAGCCUCUUUGGCCUUUGUCCUACCAUAGUCAUAGAGUGGUUUGGUCUGGCUCACCUUUCUGAGAACUGGGGUUAUGUAUCACUAUCGCCGUUAGUAGGAGGCAAUCUAUUUUCUCUGGCGUUCGGCCGAAAUUUAGAUGCUCACGCUCCGCACGAUACCCUCACUUCACGCGUUGCAUCUAUUGUUCGACGCGAACUGCCUUCAGAUCACCAGUGCUUCGAUGGUCGAGAUUGCUACGUGACCAGUCUCAAUAUGACUGUCGCAGCAUGCUUAUUCGCAUUGAUUCUCAGUGUGUGGGCUGGGUGGAGGGACCGUCAGAAGGCAGGCAUGGCUGUUAAGGGCAGAUCACCUGAAGUAGUUUGGGAAGACGCGGAAGAUUAGAGUCAGGCUCGGUUGGAAAUACGGUUAUUCUUCCUAUGCAGCGUUUAUCUACAGCCAGUGUUAGAAUUUUAUUUUUAUAUAGAGGAUUUUGUCAUCUUUGUUUAGGAGCAACUGCGACUUGUGU